AUGAUGGAUCUAUUCCGCAGAGGAGAGCUGGGGCUGCUGGGAGGAGGAGAGGGGCUGAGGGAUGACGUGGGCAUACCCGGGAUCAGCUGGCCGGCCAAUCGGCUGCCAGAGGACAUGUACCCGGCGUCAGGGUUGGCCCUGGCCGCCGCCUAUCAUGACAUCAAGACCCGGCUGGCGAGUCUGGAGAGGGAGAACAGCAGCAUCAAGAGGAAGCUCAAGCACUACGAGGUCAAGUUUCCUAUGGUCAGUGAGUUUGGCGAGGAGAGGAUACUGUGCUGUUCCUGUGAGCCCAUCAUCAAGGACACCAGUGUAAUCCAAUCAGAGACCACCAACCUGCAACAGAGGAUCAACUCUCUCACACAAGAGCUCCAGAAGAGUAAGGAGAGAGAGGAGAGGUUGGAGGAAGUCAUCCAGGCUUAUGAGAAGAUUCACUCGGAGAAAAGCAAUGUCCAGAGAGACCUGGACAAAAUGACGACUCUAGCUGAGCAGCACGUGGAGCAGAUCUGCAGUCUGGAGUCGGCCCUCAGACAGAGAGAAUCCUCCCUCCAGAAGCUCAGCGCUCAACUCCGCGGCAAAGACACACAUCAGUCUCAGCUCCAGGCCAGCCUGAACGUACCCAGAGAGGGCCGCGGGCCGACCCUGCAGAGCUCCCGCAGUCUGGACGCCCUGUCCGACCUGAAGCUGCAGCGGCUGGAGGCCGAGCUGGAGGGGGCCCGGCGCCAGGCCGACGGCGCCUGUCAGAAGGAGAAGGAGCUGAGGGCCAAUUUCAAGAGGCUGCAGCACGAGAUGGCCCAGCUACGGGGAGCACAGAGACAGUCACAGGACUCCCAACACUGUGAGCACUGUGACGUGGAGUGGAUAAAGAAAGCCGGGGACGAGCAGGUGAACCUAGCGUUAGCCUACACCGAGCUAACGGAGGAGCUGGGCCGUGUUCGCAACCUGGCGGUGAAACAGAGUGACCUUCUGCGACUCGUCUCCCAGGAGCCCGCCUCUCCUUCGACCCCUGCUCCUCAGCGCCUUUCCCCCACCUCUCCCCAGCGCCCCUCACUCUCCCCAGACAGGCUCCUCCCCAACCCCUCUCCCCCUCUAUCCCCGAGCGGCGGCCCCGCCUCCUACUCCCAUCAGCCAACCUGCAGCCGCCUGCGAGCGAAGUUCCAGGGUCGCCGUAGUUACUCGGAGGUGACUGACCCGUCCGGUAUUCACAGGCCCCCAGCGUGGCUGAUGAGGGAUCCGGUGUCCACACUGCCAAAGCCUAGGUCCCUCCUUGGGGAGAAGCAAGGUUACGGCCAAAUAAAAGCUCAGCUCCGCACCUCUUUGGUGGGCCUGGUCAGACCGGCCUCUGCUCACGGGGCCGGAGGGGACAGAGGAGGUGGAGGAGAGCGGGGCGGGGGUAGCAGUCUGAGCAGCAGUCCACAUCACUGUGCCCUGGACCUGGGCUUCCCUCGGGCUUCUGAGCUACAUCACUUCCGUCGUCUUGAAAACCCGCCUGAGCCCGCCCCGCUGGUGACACCGCCGCAGUCCUCUGAUGAUGAAGAGGACAUAUGUACAUAUCUGUCGCCGGCUGCCAGCCCGCCUCGGACGCUCGGCGCGAUUGGGAUUGGCUCGUCGUUGCCUAGGGAACAGCCCCUGCACCCCUCGUUUUCGUCUCCGAGGAAACAGCCCCACCAUCCCUCAUUCUCUUCCCCUGAAGGCCCUGCCACCCUUUCCUGCCAUCUGCCUCACUACAUGAACACGGAGCACGCUCAGUCGUGGCCCUCAAUUAACUUAUGGAUGGAGUCAGAAGAGAGUGCUGUUCGGAGCUGUCCUCUGUGUCAGCUGACCUUCCCGACUGGUUACCCUGACGACGCCCUCAUCAAACACAUCGACUCCCACCUGGAGAACAGCAAGAUCUGA